UCUACAAUUUCUUGUGGAACUUAAACGCAGCAUAUGACGUUGCAGAGGGAAGAUAAACAUGGCGUCCGGACAGCAGUGGGUGUUGGUGGAAAUGGUGCAAGCGUUUUAUGAGGCUCCUGCCUAUCACCUGAUCCUGGAGGGCAUCCUCAUCCUGUGGAUAAUCAGACUUCUGUUCUCUAAGACCUACAAGCUGCAUGAGACCUACAGGCUGACCGAGAAGGAAAAGGAGGACCUGAUUGAGGAGUGGCAGCCGGAGCCUCUCGUUCCUCCCGUAUCCAAAGACCAUCCCUCCCUCAGUUAUGAUGUUGUUACAGGACCUCCCAGCCAUAAAAUCAUAAUCAAUGGGAAAGAGUGCAUUAACUUUGCAUCAUUUAACUUCCUGGGCCUCCUCGACAACGAGCGGGUUAAGCAAAAAGCUUUGGCAUCGCUGAAGAAGUAUGGCGUGGGCACAUGUGGUCCAAGGGGCUUCUAUGGAACCUUUGAUGUUCACCUGGAGCUGGAGAGUCGUCUGGCCAACUUCAUGAACACAGAGGAGGCCAUCAUCUACUCCUACGGCUUCGCAACCAUCGCCAGUGCCAUCCCUGCCUACUCCAAGAGGGGCGACAUCAUCUUUGUGGACGAAGCCGCCUGCUUCUCCAUCCAGAAGGGUCUCCAGGCGUCCCGCAGCUUCAUCAAAUACUUCAAACACAACGACAUGGAGGAUCUGGAGAGGCUGCUCAAGGAGCAGGAGCUGGAGGACCACAAGAAUCCUCGCAAAGCUCGAGUGACCCGGAAGUUCAUUGUAGUGGAGGGGCUGUACAUCAACACUGCAGACAUCUGUCCCCUCCCAGAACUGCUGAAGCUCAAGUACAAGUACAAGGUGCGGAUCUUCCUGGAGGAGAGCAUGUCUUUUGGUGUGUUGGGAGAACACGGCCGAGGAGUUACAGAACACUUCGGGGUCAAUGUAGACGACAUUGACCUGAUCAGUGCCAACAUGGAGAACGCCGUGGCGUCCAUCGGAGGCUUCUGCUGCGGACGCUCCUUCGUCAUCGACCACCAGCGUCUGUCGGGCCAGGGCUACUGCUUCUCUGCCUCGCUGCCUCCCAUGCUGGCUGCUGCCGCCAUCGAGGCCCUCAACAUCAUGGAGGAGGAUCCAGAUAUAUUCACGGUCCUGAGAGAAAAGUGCAAACAAGUCUACACAGCGUUACAGGGCACUCCAGGUCUGAAGUUAGUAGGAGUGCGGUCCGCCCCGGCGCUUCACUUACAGCUGGAGAGAAGUUCUGGUUCCCGAGACUCUGACAUGCAGCUGCUCCGCACCGUUGUAGAAUAUUGUAUGGAGAGAGGAGUGGCUCUGACCCUGGCUCGGUACCUGGAGAAAGAGGAGCGUUUCCUCCCCCCCCCCAGUAUCAGGGUGGUGGUCACCAUCGAGCAGACGGACGAGGACAUCCAGAAGGCCGUGUCCUGUAUCCAGGAGGCAGCGGCAGCCACCCUCAAAUGACUGGCAACCCGGAGCACACCCCCCUGGGGCGUUAGCAGCCGUCCACCCGGGGGACGGGGUAGGACGGCACUGUGAGGGGACACUCCCGACUCGACUGAGAAUUCCACGUUCUAUCUGCCAGCCUGGCCUGUUUUUCUCUUUUUAUUCUUUGCCUCUCUUUUUGUUCUCAUCCAUCAUGUGUAGGGCUGGGUAUUGUUCUAAAAUAUUCCAUACCAAUACCAUGACUUUGAUACCAGGUCCUAUACGAUACUUUUUCCCAUACCUAUUUUAUACAAAUGAUAUGAAACGACGUUACUGCACAGAUCUUGGUAUUUAUGUUCUAGCUCCUCCUACGGGAGCCCGGUCUCUGUGUAGAGGUUUUCCUGCGUGCCUAUUCAACAUGUAACGUUAGACAGCCAAUCACAGACCUUAUUAGAUCUUGGUAGAACAUGCUGCAUGCUGAUUGGCUCACUGACACUGAUGAGAUUUACUCCUCAAGGCGCUAACACACCAACCCGAUUAUCGGCCGUCGGACAGUCUGGCGAGGUCGGGGACUCGAGUCUGUUCGCUGUGUUCCGUGUCGUUGUCAGUGGGAGGAGCCGUCGGCUUUAAUCUGGGCCGAUUGGACUUGUUGAAUCGGCCAGUGACCAAUCUGAUUGGCUGAGUGCUAGCCCUUGACUAGCAAAUCAAAUCGGUGCACUUAUGUUAAAACACUUAACGAACAUGACGAGCGAGACAAACACCUCUCAAAAUCUGACAAAAAUCUUUCAAACUGACCUUUGUCGAUCAAAAAAACAGAUUGAGCAGCUGUACGGCCUGUUUCUCGCUUAAAAUGUUUUCAGAAACACGUUUCGGGGAACGAUUUUUGUGAAAUAGAAGAUAUUAUUCUGAACGAGCAGCCAUAAUGGUCACCCUUAAAAUUCAGGAGAAACCAGACCCACGUUUGUAAUUUCCAAUUUUAAUUUUUUGGGCGACAAUACAGGUUAGCACCACCUGCUGUAUGGAGAUGUAAUAUGACUUGUGCAUGCGUAGAUCGUACACUCCAGUCGGCAUCGCUCCGGUGUGUUCCGAGGCCUUUUUGGACUGACUGGAGCUGAAGGCUCAGCCCGACGGCCUUUUCUGUUGGAGGUCAGGCGUCACGUUGGUGCGUCACAGCCUUUGGUUAUUAAAAUUAGGUUUUAAAUGACGAGGGAUUUUUUAGUACUCAGUAUUUUAGAGGUAAUUCGGUCGGUGCCUAAAAAGUAAUGGAUUGGGUACCCAGUCUUUAUCAUGUGUCAUAAUCCUACUGUGUGCACUACAUGUUGUACAUUGUUACCCCCCCCCCCCCUCCGGUCACUAAUAAAGAACCAACUGCAGUGAGAAUCUCCACAGACCAAAUGACCUGUUGCUUUCUAUGCACUGACCAAAGAGGAGACGCAUGCUCGCUGUUUUCAUGUUUGCAGUCGACUGGUUCAUAAUCUGUACAUGAGUUGUGAUUUUCUAUGUGACUGAUAGUUUUACCACAAAUACACACCGAGAAUUACACCUGGA